AUGUUUCGAACUUUAGUCAUACGAAGCGAUGUUGCUAAGAAAAUCUUGAGAAGAAAUAUUCAUGCUAAAAUUAUAAGGACUUUAUCAGUAGAAUGUGCCAAGAAAAACCAUUGCCACAGGUCAUCUCUUUAUGGAGGGACUCAGGAACUACUUGGAAGAUGGGGUGUCAUAGAAGAGCCUCUAUCAAGACAUUACUCAAGCAAUCUACCAUCUCAUACCAGAGUUUCUCUACCUGCUCUUUCUCCUACUAUGGAAUUGGGUACAAUAAUCAGUUGGGAGAAAAAAGAAGGUGACAAAUUGAAUGAAGGUGACCUCCUUGCUGAAAUAGAGACAGAUAAAGCAACAAUGGGGUUUGAAACUCCAGAAGAGGGAUAUUUAGCAAAAAUUCUAAUUGCUGCUGGUACCAAAGAUGUUCCUAUUGGUAAACUGGUAUGCAUCAUAGUCGAAAACGAAUCCGACAUUGCCGCCUUCAAGGACUUCAAGGACGACGGUCCGGCGGCCGCCCCGCCCGCCCCCAAGGCUCCCGCCGCUCCCACGCCCGCCCCGACUGCACCCGCCCCGGCGGCCCCCUCGUCGUCGCCCCCGGUGCCGGCGCCGGCGACGGGCGGCCGGGUGUACGCCAGUCCGAUGGCCAAGAGGCUGGCGGAGCAGAGGAAUAUCAGGCUGCAAGGUAAUGGCACCGGUCUAUUCGGCUCCAUUACCUCGUCCGAUCUUCCAGCCGCAGGGGCAACCCCUCCUUCCGCUGCCCACGCCGCCCCCACCGCCCACUCGCCGCCCGCCGCCCCAGCCCCAGGCGCCGCCUACGUCGACGUGCCGGUGACCGGCAUGCGAGCGACCAUCGCCAAGCGGCUGCUACAGUCCAAGCAGACCAUCCCGCACUAUUAUCUGACGGCCGAGAUCAACGUGGAUAAGUUGCUGGCCGUGCGCGAGAAGUACAACAAGAGGUUGGAGAAGGCCGGGGUGAAGUUGAGCGUCAACGAUUUCAUUAUCAAGGCCGUGGCGCAGGCUAGUCUCAAAGUACCUGAAGCUAACUCCUCAUGGCAAGACUCCUACAUCCGCCGGUACCGUAACGUCGACGUCAGCGUCGCCGUAUCGACCGACAAGGGCCUCAUAACGCCGAUCGUCUUCGAGGUGGAGCGCAAAGGCGUGGUCGAAAUCAACAAGAUGGUGAAAGCGUUGGCGGCCAAGGCACGGGACGGGAAACUCCAGCCGCACGAGUUCCAAGGCGGCACGAUCAGCGUGUCUAAUUUGGGCAUGUUCGGCGUUACGAAUUUUUCUGCUGUCAUCAAUCCGCCUCAGAGUUGUAUACUUGCGGUGGGGACUACUACCAAGAAGUUGGUGGCCGAUUCCGGUUCUGAUAAAGGAUUCAAGUCAUCCGAUUUCCUGAACGUAACCCUGAGUUGUGAUCACAGGACUGUGGAUGGAGCUGUAGGUGCGGAAUGGCUCAAAGCUUUCAAAGAAUACCUCGAAGAUCCUGUAUCGAUGAUUAUUUAG